GAUCGAGCGGGACAAGGCCUUUGCGCAGAAGAAGGCAGAGCGGGCCACUGUGCGGAUGCACCUGCGAGACAAGUACCACCUGGCCCAGGACGAGCGGGACGAUGCUCAGCUGCAGGGGGCGGGCGGCUCGGUGGAGCUGCCUCAGGAUCUGGCAGCCAUGGUGCACGACGAGGAGGAGGAGGAGGAGGAAGACAGCAGCACCUUUGCCUUCCUGACGAAGCUGCGGGAGGUGGACCUGCCGGCACUGCGGGACCGCGCGCUGGGCAGCGUGGAUGAGGCGAAGGAGAAGUGCGCUCUGAUGUAG